GAGCGCCAUCUGAGUCAGUUAAAACAGUCCGGUGAAAAGUUUUCGAGCCCCACUUCUUGUCUGAACGUCUGCCAGUGAAGACCGGGAGGGAACCGACUAACACCACACAAAAUGAGCGACCUCAGCAAGAACGAAAUUGAAAGGGCAUCCUUCGCCUUCUCCAUCUACGACUUCGAUGGUAGCGGCAAGAUCGAUGCCUUCAACGUUGGUGACAUCCUGAGGGCACUCAACUCAAACCCCACACUCGCCACCAUCGAGAAACUCGGCGGCACCAAGAAGAAGGGCGAGAAACAGCUCUCACUUGAAGAGUUCCUUCCCAUCUACAGCCAAUGCAAGAAAGACAAAGACCAGGGAUGCUACGAGGACUUCCUUGAAUGUCUGAAGCUGUACGACAAGAAUGAGAACGGUCUCAUGCUUGGCGCUGAAUUGACACACACUCUAUUGGCAUUAGGCGAGAAACUUGACGACAAUGAAGUCGCAGAGGUUACAAAGGACUGCAUGGACCCUGAAGACGAUGAUGGCAUGAUCCCAUACGCAUCAUUCCUGAAGAAGGUGAUGGCGUAGAUGGCAGCACUUGUCCUCAUAUCUUUAGUUGUAAGAUCCUUUUCUCAAAAAAAUGGUGGCGGGUUGGCAGGGCGAUAAACCAGCGGCCGCUAAGGCGGAAGCCGCGCCCGCGCCUUAGACAAUCAACAACUUUGUUAACAUCUUGCAUACAAUUCUUUUUAUAUACCAGACUUUCAUUCUGUACAAUGUAAUAAUAACUCUGAAUUAAAGAGAGAACUGUGACACGUUGUACGUGUUUUACAAAAUUUAUUAUUAUUAUUUAUAAGUUUAUAAUGACAACACAACAGUAAAUUAUUUUAUAAUAAAGCAUUAAAAUCA